AUGGUCAAGGCAGCCAUAACGACCCCAGCCCACGGCAAUAGCCAUGACCAGGGUAUGUCCUCCCACACCCACACCCACACACAACGGCACCACCACAACUCGGUCCAAAGGGAUAAGCCAUCCAUCUUCCAUCGCUUCCUCAAAGGGUCCAGCAACACCAAGCAGCAAAAGCAGCAGCAGCAGCAACAACACGCACUGACGAAACCAUCCCCCCAGAAUACCCUCGGCUCGUCGCCGCUUCCUGUCACAGCUCAUCCAGACACAUUCUCGGCCCCGCGAGUCUCUACUUCCUCGUCCUCGUCCGUCGCACCCUCCACUACAUCCGUCUCAUCCAGCCACUCGUCUUAUCGAGAUCCACACACGCCGACACCAUUUCCACGAUCCUCUACAUCCUCCGAUACGGCAUCCUCCCCAUCUACACCCAGCACUGUCUCACCAGCAGCAGUACAGCCGCACGACGGCUCCCUUGGACGCAUCAAACGAUCCCUCACUCUGAAGGUUAAGGGCAGACGCGUCGGAGCUGAUCCCGAAACUGCACACACUACUCCCAAGUCCACCUCAAUUGUAUCAUCCAACCAGACCUUCCCACAUACAGAUGCGACUGCACAGCAUCUGCCUGUAGUCCCAGCCGAAGUUCACGAUACUCGAUCGCCUACAAAAGACUCACACCCGAAGAAACAGAAUAAAUUGAAGCAAUGGCAGAGCAAGAGUGCCGACAAGCUGAAGGCCUGGCUGCACAUCCAACCCGCCCAUGUCCACAGUCAGGCUUCUGCUGCAUCGAUGUCUCCCUACCGCUAUAGUCUGGAGCGGAAACGCACAGCAGAGGCACAACCACGCGAUCUCGACUUUUAUGAUACACAAGGGACAUCGGAAGAAGUGUUUGCUUGUGCGACCAGUGACCAUGUGAUCGCGCACGGUCAAUGCGAAGAGAGCACCACGGCUGAGAUUGCGCUCUACACUUACUCGUCCCAGUUCCAGACCGUUCAAGAGUACCAAAAGAACCAUCGCCGUCGACGUAGUGAGAAUGGGCCCAUCAAGGCAAAAGGCCCUGGCCGAAUACCACCACGAUCGUCGUCUUUGCCCAGAUCGUUCGGUCCACGCGGUAGAAGCAUGUCUAUCCGACGACUUUCGGUGGAGACUAUCAGGUCAUCGACUCACCCCCGAGAAUCGCUUGACGAAUCAGUCCUCGACCACGACCAGGACCAGGAGCCCGAAGCUCUGACCUUGGAGGACGUCGCAGAGGAUAGCACGGAGGAUGGUGUUGAUGAGCAAACCAUGCACUCAUCAACCAUGGAAUUAUCAUCAGCUUCAUCGAUGAGCGACUCUGACAUCGACGAUCAGUCGCCAACAGUGUCGCCAGCGCCGACCGAGCCUGAACGCUCUAUCGAGGGACCAGCAACGUCGGCGGAACCAUUGCAGGACAUUGAGCAGCUGAUUGAUGAUCUCGAGAACACGGAGACAGAGUCAGCACCAGACUAUUUCGACAGCGCCUCGGAAGGAGUAUCGCAAACGGAGCGUUCAUCGACCCCAGUGCCCGACGCGAUCAAAAUAUGCCUUCAAUAUGCGGACCGAGAUCGUUGUAAGCGAUCCAGAAAGACCCAUAGACGCCAGAAACUCGCUAAGCGCGUCCCAAGGCGUCAUAUUCGUGUAAGGCGUCCCAAACCAACCAGGCCGCAGCUGCGGCCUUACAAGCAGACUCAUGACGAUAUUCAUGAUUCUGGUUGCUUCCUGCCUUCUGGUGAUGAUGGUACGCAGGAUGCCGCGUUGGAUUCACCCCCUAUUGGGCUGUUCUCGACUUGUGAGAGUCCUGUCGGGAUUCUGCAGCUCGCUUCUGAAUCAUUCGAGACAGAAAUCGAGUCCGUGUCCGUCUGUUCUUUGUCUGAGCAAGCCAGUUGCCACUUGACUUCUGGUGAGGUUGGCGUCCACGACAACGCCUUGGAUGGACCCUGCACCAUGUCGCCCUCAACGCUGCCAUCGCCGUCUCCUUUGGAACUGCUCGAAGACGAAGACGAGUCCAUGAUCUCAACUGGCAAUCUGGAAGUUGCUAAGGUGACGAUAUCAAUCGCAGCUUUCAUCAUGGAGACAGCCUCCACGCCAGAAACCUUCAAGCGCUUUUCGCCAGUUGAUAUCGCGGAUACGGAUAUUGUUUUUGGAGACAACAUUGACCUUGAGGGUACGUUUGAGCACGACCUCCAUGGCCACCAAUACGACGAUGACGAACAUGAUACAUCCAUGAGUUUCACGUUCGCAUCAGGCAAUGUCAUCGAGACGCUCCAAAAGAUGUAUCCAACUGCAGUGGCGCGAUGGCGCCGUCAGCCUCGACCGUGUCCAUUACCUGCGAUUGCCUUCUGGUCGUCGUCUCAGCACCAGGAAGGGUCCCCUAGCGGCAUAUGA